UUCUCUCUUUUGCUCACUAGUUCUCAUAUCCUAAUUAAGUUCAAAUGUGCUGAAAACGGCAAUUAAAAUGUUCCUUAUCAGAUGUUAUAAAAGUUUUCUCUUGUUUCUCUCCUAUUAUUUGUUAGCAGACACGUGCAGCUCCUAUUACAGUAAGCUGUAUUCUUGUUCACCACUUACAUAAAUGGGAUUUAUACAGGAGAACUAGAAGGAGCUUGGGAGUAAAUCCUUGUGCACAUCUGACUCAAGUCUAGUUGGAGAAGAGACAGAGACCAAAAAAUGCCACCUGCAACUGGAGCACCAGAUUAUCCACCUCCUGAUGGAGGCUGGGGAUGGGUUGUGGUCUUUGGGGCUUUUAUCUCCAUUGGAUUUUCUUAUGCCUUCCCCAAAGCCAUCACAGUGUUCUUCAAAGAAAUACAAGAGAUCUUCCACACAUCAUAUAGUGAGAUAGCUUGGAUAUCAUCAAUAAUGUUGGCUGUCAUGUAUGCAGGAGGUCCCAUAAGCAGCAUUUUGGUGAAUAAGUAUGGUAGCCGGCCUGUGAUGAUAGCAGGGGGUAUCCUGUGUUCUUUUGGAAUGAUUGCAUCCUCUUUCUGCAAUAGUGUCCUUGAACUGUAUAUAUGUAUCGGUGUGGUUGGAGGUCUGGGUUUAGCAUUCAACUUACAGCCUGCCUUGACCAUGAUUGGCAAGUAUUUCUAUAAGAAGCGUCCCAUCGCCAAUGGAUUGGCAAUGGCUGGAAGUCCAGUGUUUCUGAGCACAUUGGCACCUCUCAAUCAAUUUCUCUUUAAUGCUUUUGGCUGGAAAGGAAGCUUUCUUAUUCUGGGAGGACUUCUUUUGAACUGCUGUGUGGCUGGGUCACUUAUGAGACCUGUUGGACCAAAAAAAGUCCCUCCUGUGAAAAAAGAUGUUGAAAAAGGCACAGGAGAUUCUGCCUUGCACAAAAACAACAAGAAGUCUUGUUGGCAAACUAUGAAUAAGUAUCUAGAUCUGUCCCUCUUCAAACACAGAGGGUUUCUGAUAUAUUUGUCAGGAAAUGUCAUUAUGUUUAUUGGUUUCUUUGCUCCAAUAGUAUUCUUGGCUCCUUAUGCCAAGCACAAGGGAAUUGAUGAAUAUUCUGCCGCUUUUUUGCUCUCUAUCUUGGCCUUUGUAGACAUGUUUGCUAGGCCUUCCAUGGGACUUGUAGCAAACUCCAGGUUUAUUCGGCCAAAGAUUCAGUAUUUUUUUAGUUUUGCAGUCUUGUAUAAUGGCAUCUGUCAUAUCUUGUGCCCUCUGGCAAAAAAUUACACUGGCUUGGUGAUAUAUGCUGUAUUUUUUGGGUUUGCAUUUGGAAUGGUUAGCAGUGUUCUUUUUGAGACAUUGAUGGACCUUGUUGGAGCUGCCAGAUUUUCCAGUGCGGUGGGACUUGUCACCAUUGUGGAAUGCUGCCCUGUGCUCAUAGGCCCUCCUCUGGGAGGUUGGUUAGUAGAUGUUACUGGUGAAUAUCAGUACAUGUAUUUUGUCUGCGGAGUGAUUGUGACUGUUGCCAGUAUCUGGUUGUUCAUUGGCAAUGCCAUCAACUACAGGCUUUUGGCAAAAGAAAAGAAGUUAGAAGAGGAGAAGCAGAAAGCACAGAAGAACGCUGACCCAAAGGAAGCAGAACCAUUAACAAACAAUGAGAAUGAAGAUGCUUCCAGCAGAGCUGAUAAAGCUCUUGAAGAUCCGUCAGAAAGAGAAACCAAUAUUUAAUUUGAAAUAUAGCUCAGAAGGCAACAUUUAUGACUUGCAUUAGGAAUAUGUCCUCAAGACACAGGCCAGGUUUUGUGGUAAUAAUGAUCAGUCACAAUAUUGGAUGGGAACAGAUUUUUGCCCUAUGGUAAGACUCUAAGCUAAAUUACUAUCUACAGUUUAUUUGUUUCAGUGAUACAAAACUAUGAUUACAGAGGCAGUGACUCUAUGCAAAUGAGUCCUUUGAAUUUUAACUCUGGACAAUCAAGAGUUAGAUAUACCAGGCUAUAAAGCCUUCCAAUGGCAAACGGAUUUGUUUCAGAAGUAUACCUAAUGCAAAAGUAUCUCCUACCUUAUUUGGGAAGUUACUUGCAUUCAUCUUUAUGAUGCAGUCUAUUGAAAUAACCUGCCCAAAUUCUACUUACCACUAGUAUUAGAGAGCAUAAAGUCAAAGAUUUGUUUCAAAAGAGACAUAAUACCUGUCUGAAGCACACUGAAACAUCCUUCUCUUUUGUACACCCACUACAUAAAAAAUAUGGCUGCAUAAGCAAUUAUGGAUAUAAAAGUUGUGUAGGAGACAAAUAACUGGUGAAUGUACCUCUAAAAUACAAAAAAAAAGCUGUCUUAUAAUAUAUCCCAGACGUAGUUUCCUCCAGUGAUAGCUGAUUACAUAGUACUUCAACAUAUACAUUUGAAUUCAAAGUAUGUUCACACCUUGCUAAUUGAAACUAAAAAUCUGCCUCUACAUAAAUGGUUUAAACGCAAGAUACACAUUUCUAACAAGAAUGGCAGUCAGUUUGUUUGACUACGUCUUCCUGUGUAGCUGAAGGAUUUGGAUCAGACUCUGAAGCCAUUUUCCUAAAGGGACUAGAUUCAUAAUCUGCUGAUGUUAAAAGGAUACUAACCCUUAGCUUUUGUGGCCUUAAUGAGUUUCAUGACAAUUACUUCAAAGUAGAUGCUUGGCUUUAUUGACAAGUCAUUAGUUGUUUGAUGGUUUCCUGAGAAGAGAUUUAAGAUCUAACUUCAGAUCUUUGCAGAUGAGUAGCUUUAUACCAGCUCCCACUUCCCUUUCCCAGGAAUUUAGUGAAAAGCUACUUCUUUUUUUUUUUGUAGUGCUGCUUUGAGAAAAAGUGCUGCAAGGCACCUUGACAAUGCCAGUCUGGAAGCUUUGUAUUGACACAUCAGUUUUAUGCAGGAUGUUUAGUCUUGUGUCUACAAUUUCACGCAGACUGUCAUAUAAAUUAAAAUGUACACAAUUGUUCCCCUUCCUUUAGACAAAAGAAGGCAUCAAUCUACUAUUUUACUUUACAGAAAUCAUUUAGUAUUGCAUUUGAAAUUUAAAAGUGCAAGCUUCUGAAGGCAAUAUGUGAAAUUACUUAUGUUCUAUUUCUGGGUAAGGAAAGGUGCUAUUAGUUUUGGAGGGAUGCUUAUAAAUGCAUCAAAAAUUGUGAAAAUUAAGGGUCUGAUUCAUAAAACAUUUAUGCACUAUUUAUGCAGGAUAUACCUACACUCAAUUCCAGGAAAAGAAAAUUAUUCAUUUUAGUCCUCUUCCACAUCUCAAAAAGUUGGAAAUACAUUGGACAGAGAGCUAACUGUGAUAAAUACACUUUGAAGUGCCAAUAAUAAAAAUAAAAAACCAAUAGUAAAAUCUAGUAGAUAUGGGAGGGCUUUUAAGAAAUUUAUUUCUUAAUAUUAUCAUGUUCAAUAUUAUUUUAAUUUUUCUUUUAAAAAUGUUGAUAGUGCUUGCUUCUGUUUUGCUGGUUUAUCAAUUUAUGAAGUUCCACAGUAGUGCUGAUUUUUUAAAUUUUCUCAUCACUGUUUUGGGAAGAAACAUCGUGAAUCUACUCUCAACAUGGUACAGAAUUUAAAACCUAUUUUUAUCUAGUUCUAUUCAGAAAAACCAAACUUCUCCAACAAAUUCUGUAAAUUUUUACGAGCAUCAGAAACAAAUGUAUGCAUUUCAGAAUUUUGGGAGUAAAUACGGGUUGCAUGUUCAGAUUCAAUCCAUAUACUGUGUAAAGGGGAGUGAUUGAGUCCCAGUAAAAUCACAGUUCGUCUCCCAACUUCCAGAGAGGAAGUAAAUACAUUGCACCUCCCUCUGAACCUUAGCCUUGCCAGCACCCCAUGACAUGUAAGCAUUGCUCUCUUUUUUGCUGUACAAACAUACUGAGUGAAUUCCAGGAUCUAUGGAAGCCAUAGCCAGAAAGUGAUGAGUUUCACAGACACUAAGUUUUCAUACAGUGAGGAUUAUCAGGUAUAAAUAAUGGAUUGUCAAAGAUGAACUGAAAUUUUAGUUGAAGAGUAGUCAUCAGGAAUAUCACUCUGCUCAUGACAGCCACUGAUAGAAAGGCAGAGAUUAUUUGAAAAGAGAUUACUACAGGAGGUAAACCAAAAUGUCUGAGGUAAAAUUGUAGGUGCUUAUUAUCUCUUUGCAAAAAAGCAGCAUGAUUAAGAAUACAGGGUAGAAGACAGGAAGUAUCAACUUUUGACUGAAGGCUGUUAAAAGUUGCUAUUGAAUAAAUAAAGGAUUUGGGAAAAUGGUUAUAAAAAGUCUCUCAGGAAAUAUGCAGGCAACUUGCCUGUUCUAUGCAGGUUCUCAGAAUACAAAACAACAUGGCAUAGGAAAUCAGGGAAAAACAAAGCUCCUUGAGCCAUAGACACACCUGACCACCAAUAGCAAAAAUUAUGUUACUAUCUCAGAGGAAAUAAAAAUUUCUAUUAACACUCUACAGAGAUGCUACUCUUUCAUUUCUGGUCAAUUAUGUUAAAAGAUAAUAGGAGUGCAAGAGCUUCUUUACCACCACUCACCAUUGUGCAGUUUUUAAUCCCAUAAGGCAAAAUGAUGUGGCAGGUAACUAGAGCAAUAUCAAGUAGGAAGAGUCAAGGUGAGCAUUUCCUUACACCUCUUUCAUUAUUCUUUCUCUUAAUAAUAGCAACAAAAUAAAACCUAUCAGCAUACUCUCUAUACUACUGAAUAUUAAAGAAGUUAAAACCCAGAGAUGAGCGAAGAAAAUUGCAACAGUAUCUAUGCAAAAACUGCCACAAAUUAAAAACCUAUGUCUUCCAAAUAACAGGUCCUAAAGGGAGAAUUGCCUAGUAUAGGUAGCUCUUAUUUCUAAAAGUAAUGAUAAUAAUAAAUUGCCUUGAAUCAACUUUAUUCUGAGCAUCAGAGUAGGAAAAUGAGUAUAUCUUGCCUUCAAACUCCUGAAUAUCACUCCUACUUGCACUGACCUGUAAUUUGUACUGUAAAUCAUUUCAUCAUUACAUUUCUGCUUUCAAGAUGAGACCUGGGUAUAUACAUAAUUUCUCUAAAUUCCUCUGGUUUCUCUUAAUUACCUCACCCUCAGUUUGGACCACUGAAGGGUCAGGACUAAGACAUUCCCCUGAUCAGUGAUGAAGAAACAAACUUCCUAGCACAUAUCUCU